GGCCGCUCCACUCGCAUGUCCACUGUCCCAGAGGUUCGCAUCACCACUCAGGAGAAUGAUAUGGAGGUGGAACUGCCUGCAUCUGCAAGUUCCCGCAAGCAGUUUUCAGUUCCCACCGGCCCCCCUAGGCCCUCCUGCCCUGCAGUGGCUGAGAUACCAUUGACGAUGGUCAGCGAGGAGGUGGAAGAGCAAGUCCAUUCCUCCGUCCAAGGCAGCUCUUCUGCAAACCCUGUGAACUCAGUUCGGAGGAAAUCUUGUAUUGUGAAGGAAAUGGAAAAAAUGAAGAACAAGCGAGAAGAGAAAAGAGCCCAGAACUCUGAAAUGAGAAUAAAACGAGCUCAGGAGUAUGACAACAGCUUUCCAAACUGGGAAUUUUCCCGGAUGAUUAAAGAAUUUCGGGCUACUUUGGAAUGUCAUCCACUUACUGUGACUGAUCCUAUUGAAGAGCACAGGAUAUGUGUUUGUGUUAGGAAACGACCGCUGAAUAAACAAGAAUUGGCCAAGAAAGAAAUUGAUGUGAUUUCCGUUCCUAGCAAGAGUGUCCUCUUGGUACAUGAGCCCAAGUUAAAAGUGGAUUUAACAAAGUACCUGGAGAACCAAGCAUUCUGCUUUGACUUCGCAUUUGAUGAAACAGCUUCAAAUGAAGUCGUCUACAGGUUCACAGCAAGGCCACUUGUACAGACAAUCUUUGAAGGGGGAAAAGCAACCUGUUUUGCAUAUGGCCAGACAGGAAGUGGUAAGACUCAUACGAUGGGUGGAGACCUCUGUGGGAAAGCCCAGAACGCAUCGAAAGGGAUCUAUGCGAUGGCCUCCCGGGACGUCUUCCUCCUGAAGAAUCAGCCCCGAUACCGGAACCUCGGCCUGGAAGUCUAUGUGACAUUCUUCGAGAUCUAUAAUGGGAAGCUGUUCGACCUGCUCAACAAGAAGGCCAAGCUGCGCGUGCUAGAGGAUGGCAAGCAGCAGGUGCAGGUGGUGGGGCUGCAGGAGCACGUGGUGAGCUGUGCUGAUGACGUCAUCAAGAUGAUCGACAUAGGCAGUGCCUGCAGGACCUCUGGGCAGACAUUUGCCAACUCCAGCUCUUCCCGCUCCCACGCCUGUUUCCAGAUUCUUCUUCGAGCCAAAGGGAGAGUGCAUGGCAAGUUCUCUUUGGUGGAUCUGGCAGGGAACGAGCGAGGUGCAGACACUUCCAGUGCUGACCGGCAGACCCGCAUGGAGGGCGCAGAAAUCAACAAGAGUCUCCUGGCUCUGAAGGAAUGCAUCAGGGCCCUGGGACAGAACAAAGCUCACACCCCGUUCCGCGAGAGCAAGCUGACACAGGUGCUAAGGGACUCCUUUAUCGGGGAGAACUCAAGGACCUGCAUGAUCGCCAUGAUCUCACCAGGCAUAAGCUCCUGUGAAUAUACUUUAAAUACACUAAGAUAUGCAGACAGGGUCAAGGAGCUGAGCCCCCACAGUGGGCCCAGUGGGGAGCAGCCAACUCAGAUGGAAACAGAAGAGAUGGAAGCCAGCUCUGACGGGGCCCUGAGCACAGGCAACUUCUCCAAGGAAGAGGAGGAACUGUCUUCCCAGAUGUCCAGCUUCAAUGAAGCCAUGACUCAGAUCAGGGAGCUGGAGGAGAGGGCCAUGGAAGAGCUCAAAGAGAUUAUACAGGAAGGGCCAGGCUGGCUGGAGCUCUCCGAGAUGGCUGAGCAGCCAGACUACGACCUGGAGACCUUUGUGAAUAAAGCAGAAUGUGCCCUGGCCCAGCAAACCAAGCACUUCUCAGCCCUGCAAGAUGUCCUCAAGGCCUUGCGCCUGGCCAUGCAGCUAGAAGAGCAGGCCAGCAAACAAAUAAGCAGCAAGAAACGGCCCCAUUGA